AUGGUGCUUUCGCCCACUGCCGAAGAGACGAAUGUCUCCAAAAAUGAGACCAGUAUAAAGGUCGAGGGACCCGAGAUCGAAAAGCAGUCGCAAGACUUUGAAACUCCCGAAGAUGUACCAGAUCCAAAUGCGCAGGAUGGAGAAACCGUACACGAACAUGAUACUGAUUGGCAGUGCUAUACAUACAGUAUGUGGUUUCUAUACUUUAGCAAUGCAUUUGAGUCUUCGUUGUCGGCAAAUCUGGAUCCUUAUGUUUCCAGUGCUUUCAAAGAUCACUCUUUGUUACCGGUCAUCAGCGUUGUAUCGAGUGUCAUGGCCGGUGCAACCUACCUUCCUGUUGCAAAGAUUCUCAAUCUGUGGGAUCGAACCGUUGGUUUCGUGCUUAUGCUCAUGAUUGCAACAUUGGGAAUGGUUCUCAUGGCAGCUUGUAACAGCUUUGAGCUAUACGUUGCAGCCAAUAUCUUCUACUCCGUCGGGUUCACUGGCAUGAUUUUCUGCAUAGAUGUGGUCACCUCUGAUACUUCCUCGUUACGAAAUCGUGGUCUCGCCUUCGCUUUUACCUCUUCUCCCUAUAUUAUCACGGCAUUUGGUGGCCCUGCUGCUGCUGACACUAUCCAUGAUAAGAACUGGCGAUGGGGAUAUGGUGCAUGGGCUAUCAUUCUUCCCUUUGUGGCUAUUCCGAUGGUGGUCAUGAUGCAACUGGGCAAACGGCAAGCAAAGAAGAACGGACUUGUGUUGAGACAGUCAAGUGGCCGUACCUGGAGCCAAAGUACUUGGCACUACCUAGUUGAGUUUGACAUCGUCGGCGUCGUACUUUUAUGUGCAGGCUUCGUCCUCUUCCUAUUGCCGUUCACUAUCGCUUCCUCAUCUACACAGGCUUGGGCAACCGACUAUAUCAUUGCGAUGCUUGUCGUUGGUUUCGUUCUCCUAAUAAUCUUUGGAGUUUGGGAGAGAUUUGGUGCCCGCCAGCCUUUUGUUCCUUGGCAUCUGCUGAAGAAUCGAACCGUUGUGGGCGCUUGUCUGCUGGAUUUUACCUACCAGGUCGCUUACUACUGUUGGAACUAUUACUUUACCUCUUAUCUGCAGGUUGUCUACAACACCUCUGUGGCCACUUCUGGUUAUAUUUCCAGUAUCUUCGACAUUACCUCUGGCAUUGAACUGUUUAUUGUGGGAGCCCUCAUCAGCUAUACCGGUCGCUUCAAAUGGGUGCUGAUGUGGGGGGUGCCACUGUAUAUGCUCGGGGUUGGGUUGAUGAUCUAUUUCCGCAGUCCGGGCCACAGCUUGGGUUAUAUUAUCAUGUGCCAGAUCUUCAUUGCCCUCGGUGGUGGUGUGAUGAUCAUUGGUCAACAGAUCGCUCUGCUGGCGGCUUCUGACCACAACGAUGUUGCUGCUCUUUUGGCUUUGUUGGGACUUUUUGGAUAUAUUGGGGGAUCUGUUGGGGGCAGUAUCUCUGGUGCUAUUUGGACAAAUACCUUGCCCGGCAUGCUUCAAUCUAUGCUUCCUGACGACAGCGUUGAUCAGUGGCAGGAGAUUUAUGAUAGUCUUCCCCUGCAACUGAGCUAUCCUAUGGGUUCUGAGACGCGGACUGCCAUCAUGUAUGCGUAUGCUGCUACACAGAAACGCAUGUUAAUUGCUGGCACUGCUAUCAUGACCUUGGCCCUUUUCUUCAUGAUGAUCAUCAAGGACAUCAAUAUCAAGAAUAUCAAGCAGACCAAGGGCACGAUAUUCUAA